UUCGUUUUCCUCGCCGGUGGGUCGACCGAUCAUGUCGAGGCGGGGCUUAUCGUGAACUUUAGAACCUCUACAUUCCCUGGAACCUGAAAACACGUCGAUCGGUUGAACGGCUCGGCCCUUGCACUCGAUUAUUUCGGGCCCCCAGACUGCCUGACUGUCGUUCCUAUUGCCGAGAUCGGCCCCGCAGAAAAUGGACACCGCACCAGUGCGGUAGAGAGACAGAGCGAAACAGAUAUAUAGAAAAGAGGAGGAGAGGGACAGGGACAGAGAAAGAAAUAAAGGCCACGCAACUACUACGGCUACGACGAGGACGACGACACGGGUAUAAGCUGAGAAACGAAGGACAGAGGGAGAACAAAACGCGAGAGGGCGAGGGAGUAAUCGUAUGUACCAAGUGCGUGUAUGAUAUUAACGAAGGAAAAAGCAAGAGAAACGUUCGUGUACGUUGGCCUCGGGAGACCGGGUUAACUUCUCGUCGUCCCGGGCACGUUUGUCUGUCCUGUCAUCGACAGGCCUCAGUGAAAAUUGCAUCUAGAGCCGUUGACGCCGCGACAAGCAACGAUCACGACCACGACGGCGACGUAUUUGCCAUCGAGGAGGCAAGGAUAUGCCUCGCUCGUCGGUGCUGUGACACGCGCCGCGCCGUGUGCUGGCUGAACCUCCCGGAAGAGAGCGUGGGCCUCCGUCUCAAAAUACUGUGCGGUUUGUACCGCACUCUCGAGAGCCAAAUUCUUAUAAACUAUAAAAAUGCCUCGAGUAAGGAGACAGGUGGUCUUGGAAGAUCCUGCCAGGCCUGUUACACCAGACAUGGUAGAGACCAAAUUGAUAAAAACAGAAUUUUUGGAUGAUGGCUCUUUGGAUGAAGUACAAGCACAAAAGGUGGCUGAAGAGACCCCAAGUCCCCAUCUUCAAGACCAUCAGUAUGGACAAACACCUUGUUAUCAAGUGACAAGGAAACCUACACAACCACCACCACGAACUGAACAAAUAUCAGUUCAAGCGGUAAAACGAAGACUGAAUUUGGAAAUGGGAACAACAGGACCCAGCCAAUCUGCCUUUAAGGCUCCUAGAGGUAAACGUAGGAGAUCCGGAUCGAGUUCUAUAACUGGCCACACGCCUACCAAAAGUAAAACGGUAGAACGAACGCGGUACGAUACAUCACUGAGCUUACUUACAAAAAAGUUCAUACAUUUAGUUGAAAGCAGCGAGGACGGUGUUGUAGAUUUGAAUGUAGCAUCUGAGAAGUUGGAAGUACAGAAACGUCGUAUAUAUGACAUUACAAACGUGUUGGAAGGUAUAGGUAUUUUGGAGAAGAAAAGUAAAAACAAUAUACAAUGGAAAGGCGGUCAGUUACCAAACGAUAGGAAUGACAUUGCUGAUCUCAGAAGAGAAGUAGCAGAUUUAGAAGCUAAGGAAAACACUUUGGAUCGGUUAAUUCACGGUGCGGAUAAAAACCUUAGGGAACUCUGCGCAGACAGACAAUACGCUUAUGUAACGUAUCACGAUUUACGUUCUGUCCCAAUGUACAAAGACCAGGCUAUAAUGGCAGUGAAGGCUCCGCCAGAAGCCACUCUUCAUGUUCCACAACCUAUCAAUAAUCUUGGUCAACAAAAGCUUCAAAUGCACAUGAGGUCAUCUCAUGGAGAAAUAGAAGUGUUCCUCUGUCCUGAUGACCCUGCAGUUAAAACAUCUCCUAAUCCGGGGUACACGACGACGCAACCUGUGCCUUCGUCAAAAGAAUCCGAUUUACCUUAUCUGCCUCCUGAACUGUUGGCCAAUGGAGGAAGUGGGGUUCGGGUCGAACCAGUACCUUCUGUCGAGAGUUCGUUGAAUACUCGUUUGUGUACUCCAGUUAUUUCUGCGGUUACCAGUUUAGCGGGCAUGAGAGACGCGCUUUUGUGUGAAUCCGACGAUUACGGACCAAUGGGUGGCGGAAAAUUCCAACUCCAAACAGAGGAUCAAAUUAGUACUUCAGAUCUAAGUAUUCUCGAUUUUGGAGAACACCUGCUGUCCUUGGAACCACCUCUUUCCGAAAACGACUAUUCGUUCUCGUUAGGUACAGAGGAAGGGCUUUCGGAUCUUUUUGAUUUCAAAUUCUAAAACUAUAUCAUCCUUAUCAUCGUCAUCGUGACAGCACUUUUGUCUUUUUGGACUACCACUCUGAGUUCGCCUCCUUAGUAUUCGAACGGAUAGAGGAUAAUUUGUUAAUACAAUGAAUUUGAGCUUUCGAGCUACGUAUAUAUUAUUCUGAUUGGGGAUUUUCGAUCGACACGCGGCGCUCGUACGGGGCAAGAAAGUGUAUAAUUGUGUAAUGUCGUCCUGGUCUGUUGUUCAUUAGGAUAGGAAAGGUUCGUAUCGAUGCCGUAUGAACAGGAUGAUCGCGCGGAUAUCUUGCGUUUAAAAUACAAUCAAAUUUACUAGAAUGAACACCGAUUUUGCUGACCUCGGUGAAAUGAUUUUGCUUGUUAGCCCGAUCGGAUAAUACGCGGAUGUAAAUACAAAGUAUAGAUAGGAUUUUUUGAUUCGUAUCAAUUCGCGUAACGAUUUAAUACCGAAUAGUAUUUUGUCGAGAGUGUAUUGCGUAUGAGUGUUUUAACCGGGAUUCGUAAGACGUUUAACAGAUCAUCAAGCACACAGUAUCAUGUCGGUCGGUUUGAAAAUUCGACCUCUGUGGAUGAGAAAAAGUAGAAAACGCGCCGCGAAGCAGAGGGGACACAUAUCACACGCAAAUAUUAACGCGGUGCUCUCGUGUAUUUCCGACUUGAUACGGUCGAGACCGAUUAAGCUUCUGGAAUAAGUUUGUAAAGCUGCCUGGCGAAUCGAAGCCAUUUUUUCUGUGCAAUGUGUUAUAAUAUUGUAAAUGAGGUAAGGGUAAAACGAUGGAGGAGAAUGUAUUUGGAAUUUCAAAGAGAAAGAGAGACUGGACUCGUAUCGAACAGCCAUGCUACGAAGAUAUUUUGUGGUUAUUGAAUUGUAAAAUUAAUUGAGCCGAUAGCGCGCGAAAUCAUUCAUCAAAAUGUCCCUCCUAGUGUAAUGUUUCUAUCUACGUGAUAAUUAAAAUGAAAAACAUGAACGUUCUCCUUCCGGGCGGUCGUCCUCUUUUAUCACCGGGACUGAAUUGUUUUUUUCUAAAUCGUGUUUAAAGCGGAGGGCCACCGUCCGGAAGAAUGCAUUAUAAAUUUAUUGAAAGCAGUCGAUGCAUAGUAGCUUAUCGAUGAAGAAUCGUUUGUAAAAAAAAAAUGAAAAAAAAAUAUGACGAACAAAUGAACGGCAGGAAGGCAUAGUUUUUAUUCUAUAUACUUUUGUAAUUGGUCGAGUUUUUCCGAUAGUGAAUUCGUGCGGUUCGACGAUGCAUGAACUAUAAUUAAAUUUAUCGCUCGAUGCGAACGAGG